AUAAUAUAAUGUGUAUGACUAUGAACCGUUUCUGUCACACUUUGUUCUAUGAAGUAAACUUGAAUUAGUAGUUUUGGUAAUUUUUUCAUCUAUAUUUAAAGUUUAUUUUUGGUAACCAGCUUAAACAUUCCAAUUAUUCAAUAUUGUGCAAUUUGUAUUAUGACCAAUAAUGUGGAGGACCAAGACAUGCUUCUAAAUAAAGUUAUUGAAAAAGUUGGAAAAGUGAAAUUGGAAUCCAGAAGUGAUUCUGGCAUUACUCUUACUGUUCCAGAUGAAACUGCGGAAAGCGAUGCUGAAGUUAAAGUGCAAUAUGAACUCGACAGCGGCACGUCAAGUCCUACGCACCGACGAUCAACCAAGAUAUCACCGCAACAUGAUGUGAAAACAAGCAGAUCUCGCACGACAGUUACAUCCAAUAAAAUCACUCAGGAAAACAUGAAAUUGAAUCAAUACUUGUUGAAGAAUGAUUUGGGUCGAGGUGCUUACGGGAUGGUGAAGUUGGUUUACAAUGAAGAUGAUAAUAAUCUUUAUGCAAUGAAAAUACUCUCCAAGAGGAAACUGAUAAAACAAGCUGGAUUUGCAAGGAGACCCCUUAAAGGAGGAAAGAAAAGGUUGACUCCACUUGACAGAGUGUAUCAAGAGAUAGCUCUGCUGAAGAAACUAGAUCACCCUAAUGUUGUUAAGCUUGUUGAGGUAUUAGAUGAUCCAGCAGAAGAUAAUCUAUACAUGGUGUUUGAACUCCUAAAUAAUGGUGAAAUAUUAGAAGUUCCAACCACUGAGCCUCUGGAUGAAGAAACUGCCAAACGAAGAUUCCAAGAUGUUGUUCUUGGUCUUGAAUAUCUUCAUUACCAGAAGAUAAUUCACCGUGACAUUAAACCUUCAAAUCUACUUCUUGACGAUAAUAACAGAGUCAAAAUUGCAGAUUUUGGAGUAAGUCAGGAGUUUAGUGGUGGGGAUGCUGAAAUAACAAACACGGUCGGUACUCCUGCGUUUAUGCCACCGGAGGCAGUGUCAGGCUCUUCGGAUAAAUUCUCAGGUCGCCCCCUUGAUAUUUGGUCACUUGGUGUCACUCUUUACUGCCUACUAGUGGGAGACACUCCGUUCAAAUCACCCCAUAUUCUUGAACUUCACGAACAAAUUUGCAACGAAGAAGUGAAGUUUCCGCCUCAAUGUUCGUUAUCUGCUGAAGUUCGCAUGUUGAUCAAAAAAAUGCUCGACAAAAAUCCCCAAACCAGAAUAACUCUCGCUGAAAUUAAGCGUAACAAUUGGGUGACCAGUCAUGGGUCAGUGGUUUUGCCAUCGGAGCAACAACACUGCCACCUUGUGACGAUAACAGAGGAAGACGUCGAGAAAUGCGUAAAAACUAUUCCCAAGCUUAAUACGCUGAUACUUGUCAAGUCGAUGCUGAAACGACACAGCUUCAAGAAUCCUUUGUUGGCUUCAAAGUCUGAAAAUACCUGAGUUAUUUUAAAAACAAUAUUUCUUUUUAUAACUUUGCACAAUACACAAUGUAUGAAGCCCAUGGCUGGAUUUGCCAACUGUAAUUUAAAGUUUUAACGUGUGACGUAUUGCACUAUUAUUUUUCCCAUUGAUUUCUGUUUCGCGAAAGUGGUGUUUCUUAACCUUUGACCUACAGGUGGGUGCUAAUUAGAUUUUGGAACUUACAUAUUUAUAGGCGAUUUAUUUCAUGCCUAUAAAAAUGUGUGUGAAAUGUGGUUUCAUUAAUUCGGUUGCCAAAGCUUUGCUAUUAUUUAAUUUUGGGGUCCCCGCAAAAAAGGUUGAGAAGCACUGCUUUAAGUAUUGUCUUUUACUAUUUAUUUAAUGGAGAUAAUACUGAUCUGGGUUUUAUUUCCAAGAUUUUAAUCAUUGGUAUUUUACUUAUUCUGUAUGGUAGAUUAUGAUGAGCUAAUAGAUUAAUGAGUUGCACUUUAUAGAUAAGAAAGUACUUGUGUAAUAUAUAUAUAUAUUGUGUGUUUAAUUUGCUCCGAAGCUGCAAUGUUUAUAAAUACAAAUGAAUGGAUUUACUGUGCCGUGCAAUGGCAUAGUGGUUCGAUGAUUUA